AUGUGUAGAUUUUCUUGUCAUUUCCUUCCAUGUUAUUUUAACAGUUCAUGUCAGCUCAAACGCCUUCGACUUGCAAACUGCGAAGGCGUUUCAGAUGGGGGAUUGAGUGGAGUGGCUGCAAAACUUCCAUUACUAGAGGAGCUUUCCAUUUCAUACUGUCCAUUGUCGAAAGAAGCUCUGGAAGCUGUGGGCCGCUGUUGCCCCCUUUUGAAAUCACUCCAAUUCAACAACUAUUUUCGGGGUUCUAAAAAGUGUCAUGAGGAGGCACUUGCUAUUGCAGAGAACAUGAGUAAAUUGCGCUGCCUCAAUCUUGUUGGAACUUUUCGUCUGACUAACGACAGCUUGCAGGCCAUCCUCGAUGGUUGUCCUCACCUUGAAUCGCUUGACUUACGGCGAUGUAGGGACCUCACUCUAGAAGGGAAUUUGGGAAGAAGGUGUGCUGAGCAGAUUAAAGACUUGCGUCUUCCCCAUGAUUCCAUUGAUGACUAUGAAUUUAAAAAGUACUUUUUUGAACACCUAGCUGGCAUUGGUAGGUUUAAGGACAUAGAUCAUUUAAGACGCCAGUUGCUCAGAAGCAUUCGCCUGUUGCUCCAACUACAACUACGAAGACUUCUUCGACAAAGAUUACUUUGA